UAGGCCUGUUGUGAGUGGCUGGUUCAGUUAUUUAGGGUUGAACAACAGUGCGGUGGGUCACGUGACGGCAUCUGCUGCUGGCUGAGCGAAGCGUGUUAACAGAUUUUUCUAUUUUGUACAUACAUUGUUUUGUAUAUACUGUAUAUGAUGACUUCAGUGGUCAGCAAUCCAGCUCGAGGAACUCGGGACAGAGCGCUGCCCACUACCACACAAACCACACAGCCACAGAAACAGAUACAAGCCACAGCAGAACAGAUUCGGCUUGCCCAGAUGAUCUACGACAAAAAUGAUGCAGACUUUGAGGAUAAGGUCAAACAGCUGAUUGAGGUGACUGGGAAGACCCAAGAUGAGUGCAUGGUGGCCCUCCAUGACUGCAAUGAGGAUGUCAACAGAGCCAUCAAUUUCCUGCUGGAAAGCACCUCUGACACAACCUCCUGGGAGACAGUUGGGAAAAAGGCGCGAGGCCCGGGGAAGGAGGGAGUACCCUCGGAGAUGAAGGACAACCGAGAGAAGAGAGGAGAUCGCGAUGCAAGCCGGGGCCGCGGGGUCCCCAACAGGAGGGGCCGUGGAACCAACCGUAGCAGAGAGGUGCGGCCAGAGGAGAAUGGGUUUGCAAUGUGUUCUGUGGAUAAAGUGGCCGACCGUGGUCGCAGGGAGAGGGGCGUUGCUGGCAGAGGGUUGGGGGGUCGCGGAAGGGGAAGAGCAGCUGGUGGUAACAGGUUCUCCUCUCAGGGGAUGGGGAUCUUCAACCCCGCCGACUACAACGCUAACUCUGGCGCAUCUUGCCAGGAAACUUGGGAAGCAGAGGGGAACGAAGGUGGAGAUGGUACAGGAGGAACAUGGAGAGGCAACUUGGAAGACUGGGCCGCAGAAGACUGGAAUGAGGAUCUGUCUGAGACCAAAGUGUUCACUGCCUCUGCUCCUGCGAACCACAUCACAUCUGGACACAAUGUGGACCUGGGCUCGCUGCUGCCGAAGACGGGCGGUGUGGAGCUGGGUGGCAUGGAGCCCCCUGCCGCUGAGGGCGUGGGGGGCCAGAGCCUGGUGUUCACCAACUCCCACCACAACGGCACUCGCACCACCACACACAGCUAUGCCAGCGCCGCUGCCAACAGCUAUGCUAGUGCCGCCUCUGGUACCAGCUACGCCCACGGGGCCCUGUCCUCAGUCCUGGGCUCUGUUUUUGGGGCUCUGAGUGGGCCCAAGCCGACCCCGGCUGAGGUCAGGAUACCAGAGCAGCUCAACGGUCCCCGGCUCACCCCGCGGACCAAUCAGCAGCUGGUCACCGCGGGCAACGGCAGUGUCGCCAAAGAAUCCGGUCCACCUGCAGCUCAAGGCUCUGCUCCCAUUUCUGCCUGCAAAAUCAAGGCCCCGAGAGUGGAGAAUGGCCCUGUUCCAACCUCUCACUUGGAUCUGAAGAUGCAACCAGAGCCGUCCGCUGUCCUCAGCCAGCUGGCCCAACGGCAGCAGCAGGCCCAGCAGAGCUCCCUGCCCCAGGCAGAGCCUCUGUCUCAUCCCCCCCAGGUCCCUACUCCCCCAGGCCACUACGACGCCGGGCCCCUGCCUCCCAGAGACGGACCUUCCCUGGACCACCAGGCUCCCAUGGCUGAACCCCCACAGAGGCUGAUCAAGACCCAGAGACGCAGAGUACCUCCUCCUUCCAAGAUCCCCUCGUCUGCGGUGGAGAUGCCAGGCUCAGCAGACGUGUCUGGUCUCAACGUGCAGUUUGGGGCCCUGGACUUUGGCUCUGAGCCCAGUGUGAUUGACAUGGGCCACCAGGCCGAGCCUGCCAGGGAGCCGGCCCCCAUAGCCGUACCCCAGCCCCAAAGCAGCUCUUUCUCCAAACCUGGACCUGUCAGUGAGCCCCUGGGCAGCUUGUCGUCCAUGCCUCCGUCGAUAUCAGACCCCAGUUUCCCGUCUCUGGGCUUGCCCAGUGCCACGCUGUCCCCCUCCCUGGGUCUCCCCAGCGCCGCCCCACCCUCCUCCACCCCCUCAGCUACCAGAAUGGACAGUGGCCUCCCGCGGAGCAUGCCCCCCCACCUGGGCUACCCCCAGAGCAAAGACGCCCCCGCCGCCCCUCUCACCAAUGGCUAUGGUGGCGUGAGGACACAGGGCCCACAGGACUCGACGUCGUUGGCCUCUCGAACUCCUAAGCCCGAGUCGCCUCCCAUGAGCAGUGACAGUGGCUCCGUCCACCAUGUUCCCUCCCCAGCCCCCACACCCUCCCACUCCGCCCCUCUGCCAUCCCUCAGCAGUCAUGUGACCAGUACAUACUCGUCAGCAUCUGCCCUCGCCACUAGCUCCUCCCUUACAAUGACAAGUGAGGAGAGCAGUAGUCUCCACACCUUCUCCUCUGGUCCUUCCAUCAAUGCCGCGGUUAGCAGCUCCAACGCCAUGAUGCAUGUCCCCGGAGUGCCUGGUCUAUCCGCCAACGGCAACACUGCCCUCUCAGCUGCCGGGCGCACUGCCCAACCACUGCUGAACACCACCUCUGGCAAAGCCCCCCCUAACCUGGCUCAAGGAGUGCCCCCUCUGCUGGCUAAUCAGUACAUUAUGGGCCCUGGAGGCCUGCUCCCCGCGUACCCGCAGAUCUAUGGAUAUGAGGACCUACAGAUGCUGCAGUCUCGUCUGCCUAUGGACUACUAUGGAGUCGCAUUCCCUGGUACAACUGCAACGAUGCCUGGCAGAGAUGGGUUAGCCAACAAUCCAUACUCAGGUGAAGCGACCAAGUUUGGCCGAGGGGACUCAUCGUCCCCAGCUCCCCCCACCAGCCUGUCGCAAGGUCCCUCCGCUCAGCCCCAGCAGCCCCCCCAGGCUCAGAGCCAAGGUCUGGGACAGAGCCAGGGCCAGCAGACCCAGAACCAGGCCUUCCUCAACCCACCUCUGCCCCCGGGCUACGGCUACACCGGCCUUCCUUACUACGCCGGCAUGCCCGGGGUGCCCAGCGCCUUCCAGUAUGGCCCCACCGUCUUCGUGCCUCCGGCCUCGGCCAAGCAGCCCAACAUGGGCCUGGGGAACCCCUCCAGCCAGUACCACCAACAGCAUCAGCCCAGCUACGGCCAGCAUGCGUAUGGAACAGCUUUUGACGACCUAUCUCAGGGCCACGCGGGGGAGUACAGUAAGGGAGGGUACGGAGGCUCUGCCCAGUCACAGGCCAAAUCAGCUGGCAGCGGCCCAGGGAAAGCUCCAGGUUUGUCCGGCUCAGGCAGCAGUGGAGGGGUGCCUGAUAUGGGUGCUUCAAUGUACAGCAAGACACAGUCUUUUGAUAAGCAGGGCUUCCACACGGGAACGCCCCCUCCCUUCAGCCUGCCGUCUGCCCUCGGGGGCACGGGCCCUCUGAACCCCGGCGGUGCCCCCGGUUACGCCCCGCCACCCUUCCUCCACAUUCUGCCUGCCCACCAGCAGCCCCACUCCCAGCUGCUGCACCACCACCUCGCCCAAGACGGACAGGGUGGUCCGGGUCAGCGCAACCAGUCCAGCAGCAUUCAGCAGAAGAGCCAGAGCAACAAGUCCAGUUAUGGCAGCCCUUACUGGGCCAACUGAAGGGUACACCUGGGGAGUCUGUCCUGGCCCCCCAUCAUAAAGGCUCUGUGUGUGUGUGUGUGAAGCUAAACAAAAACGCACUACCCAAACAUCCCCCCUCCAACUCCCCCCACUACCCAAACAUCCCCCCUCCUCAUACAUUUUUAUUUGUUUUCCCUUUUCAAAUUGGUUGUACAUGUAAGAUAUUUAUGUAUGUAUUUAUAUAUAUAUACUGUAUAUGUAAUAGUAGAACAUGAAAUGUGGUUGCUGCAUUUUAUUUUUGAAAGACGUUUUUGUUUACUUUUUCAAAACUGCAGGAAGUCAUUACAAAAAUAAUAAAUAUGAGAAUUCCUAUAGAGGAAAAGGAGAGCUUCAGCACUGAACGAAAUGAGGACAUCUCAGAUGGGGGGUUUCCACAUUAACAAACUGCGUUUGUCUCCUUUUUUAUACACAACUCUUGAGUUACCCAGCUUAUCCCCCUCAUUUUCACCCUCGUUUUAAAACUUCAUUUUGUGGCUGUAGGUCUCUUCCCUCCAUCCUUCACUCAGUUUUCUGAUUGGGUGGCUCUGGAGAGUGGGGCUGCCUCUGUGCCCUCCCCCACAUCAAUACCCCUCAAAGACCUGCCCAUUAAAAUUGUAUUUUUUAAUUUCAUUUUAACCGUUUCCAUCUGAAUAAAAGUUCUGAGCAGUAA